AUGCCUACAUCAAUAUCAUACGAUCUGGAAAUACCCAUCGACCCGAUCUCGGCUCCAAAGCUCGGAGAGGGUGGAUACGUCACCUUUAAUCCACAUGAUGAGGUUCUACCUGCUGGCUGGAAGUAUGAUCAUCCCGAUGCCAAACCUCUUUCCUCGCCAAUCCUUGUGGAGCAUGAUGUCGCCAUCAAGAUGCGCGAUGGGAUCACACUUUAUGCGGACGUUUACAGGCCACCGGAACCGUCAACGAGCGUGCCUGCAAUUCUCUGUUGGUCACCGUUCGGGAAGAAGUUCAAUGGGUUGAUGAGCCUAGCUCUUAUGACUCCCUGGAACUUGGGGAUCAAACCCGGCACGCUAUCCGGCUUGGAAAAGUUCGAAGCACCUGAUCCAGCAGACUGGGUCCCUAGAGGUUACGCCAUCGUGAACAUCGACACUAGAGGCACAGGAGAUUCGGAAGGUGUCAUGGCCGUCUUAGGGUCACAGGAGGCGGAAGAUGGCUACGACACAAUCGAAGCAUUAGCCAAGAUGCCAUGGUGUUCAGGGAAAGUAGGAAUGGCAGGUAACAGUCAUCUUGCGAUUGCACAGUGGUUCAUCGCAGCUACGCGACCACCACACCUUGUAGCCAUUGCUCCUUGGGAAGGCUGCGGAGACUUGUAUCGCGAGCAAUUUGCCCGAGGUGGAAUCUAUUCCGGCGAUUUGUUUGACCACUUGAUCGUCAAGUAUAUGCUGCAUGGUCGACAGGGAGUGGAAUCGUCCAGAAAGAUGUUUCAAAAGAGUCCUCUCGCAAACAAGUGGUGGAACGACAAGCGACCUAACAUGAAAGAUAUCAAUAUCCCUACAUACAUCACGGGCACCUGGACCAACACCAUGCAUGGGAUGGGCGCCAUCAGAGGAUGGCUCCAGGUCGACAGCGCACAGAAGUGGCUUAGAUGGCAUCCUUGGCAAGAAUGGUAUGAUCUCUGGGGCAACUCACAGGCAAACGAAGAGCUGCUCCAGUUUAUGGAUCAUUUUCUGCAGGGCAAGGACAACGGAUGGGAGAAGACUCCUAGAGUCAGGAUGGCAAUCCUACGCUUUGGAGAACCACAUCCAGACAAACCCCAGUCGUACGAGAAUGUGAUCGAAGACGACUUUCCAAUUCCAAGGACAGAAUACAAGAAGAUGUAUUUCGAGGCAUCUGGUAAACUGACAUCGGGCUCUCCGGCCGAUGCUGCAGUGCUCUCGUACAAUUCGGAAAGCUCCGAGAGCGUGUCGUUCACUUACGUCUUUCCCAAGACAACUCGCCUCGUUGGUCUUCCAAAAGCUGUCCUAUUCAUGUCAUGUCCGGAUCACGAUGACAUGGACAUCUACAUUCAGCUGGAGAAGCUUUCCGUGUCUGGCGAGCCAAUGAUUAGUCUGAACGUGCCAUGGUCAGGCCUCCCAGUUAAGACCUUCAGUGACUUCAAACCAGAGCAAGCAACCGAGGUCGUACAAUACCGUGGUCCGAGUGGUAUACUUCGCGCUUCUCUACGCUCUAUUGAUGAAUCACAGAGUAUGCACCCUCAUUGGCCAUUUCAUCCACACGACAAGGAAGAGAAGAUACCUCAGGGUACAGUGGUGAGGCUGGACGUUGGUAUCUGGGCGUUCGGGAACGAGUAUGAGGCAGGCGAGGGUAUCCGCGUCCAGGUCAGCGGCCGGUCGCGAGCAAUUGAUAACUUCGGGACCCUGGAUCAUCUCAACAACAAGGGUACUCACAGACUUCAUGUAGGAGGUGAAACACCUAGCCACGUCAUCUUACCAUUUGUCUAG